GAAACUCCGAUAGGCGAAACAUCUGCGAUAUCGAAGAUCCGAACGAGAUGCGUAUUUACGGCGGAGUGUACGGACGGAGAAAGCGAUAUGUUGAAAAUUUCGUUACGCAAUACGGGAGACGUUAGCGAAUGGGUUUUUUUUAUUUUGAAAUCUCACAUAGCGACGAAGGUGAAAGAAUGUUAAUUAAUUCGAGUAUCAGAUAUCUCCAGUGAGGGAAAGGCGACAGAGCGCGUCGCGCCGGUGACGUACGCACGCGGAUCGGUCGCGGAGACACACGUGUGCGCUUCGCUUAACUACGCGCGGCGUUAUGACCGUCGAAGGCAGGCGCAGAACCGCGAAUAUCUAAAGCGUAACGCAAUUGUUACAAGUUACGUAAAAUCCAGCACGCAACGAUGCACACACGUAGUCGGAGACAUAAUUGCUGCGUCAGAGUGAAUCAAACUGAAUCACUACGCAGUACAACCGCAUAAAAGCCAGAAAUAACCGUGAUUACCGUUCAAACGAUCACGCUCUCUAUCGUCCCUCUCUUUCUCUCCCUUUUUCAUGAAAAAUUCUAAAAUUGACUCAUAAAUCGUGGAAUUGUAGAGGCGAAAAUUAAGUUAGCUGUUCUUUUAAUUAACGAGAAAGUUAAAGGACGAGCGACGAAAAACUCGAUAAGUAAACGGGCUGUAUCGAAGUAACGAACAUUUAUCGAGCGACGCCCACGGCUCGAUCAGUGGGCGAACACGCGCAAGACACGUGUAGCGAAGUCUCGUUCUCCUGGAUUCAAUUAUCCAGUCGAGGUUUGAAGCAGGCUCUAUGGGGACGUGACGCAAUGACUGUCGUCCAGGAAGAGAUCGAUGGAUCCGCGUUUGGAUCGCGUCACGCCUGGGGGCCAAGCCGCGUCGAAAAAUUGCGAAACGCCGAGCGGCGUUUAAUUGGUGCAGCGGAAUCGCGACGGCACCCACGACUUGACGCGCAUCACAUUCACGUGAUGUCGCAUGUUCGCGGUGAAAGUAGAACUUUUCGCGCUCCAUCCGCGGCACAAUUCGCGAGGUGUUGCGCGCAAAACUGCAUUUGCCGGUAAUAUCACGAGAUAUUAUCAUCUUACACGACAGACGACAGAGUGUACAUUUCUCGCGCGCGGCGCCAAUCUGCAAACUGAAAAUCUCGAUAAGCGGCCUCGACGGCUUCGGUUGUCUUUCUUCGGCGCAGGUACGUGGCGCGAUUGAAAUUCCUGUCGUGCGGCAAGCACGCAUAAUUAUACGGCGACGAAAGAAACACGGGGGACUUUCUGGACAUAGGCUGCAAUCGCGUAAAAGGCAUAGCAUGGAGCUUUCGAUUCCCAUCUAUGGGUACUCUGCAGAACUUAGGUACCAGCGGCCGACGACGCAAACGAGACGGUGGCUUGGUAUCGUCGGAUUCGUGUAAGGACCUUCGCCAGAAGAGACACACGAUACACCUGCAGCCGGAAGUGAUUGUUCAGAAGGAGCCCUGCCUGAUCGUGACUCCGCCGUCACCUGAUAAUCUCGCCGGGAGCAGGCCGGGGACACCGGUGGAAGACGACAGCGCGAGGGAGAAUCGCCACGCAUGUCCUCGGAGUGAGCGGGAGUCGCCCUCGACGAAGGCACCGGAGAGCAACAACAACCAAUCCCCGUCAAUGGAGCCACCCGAGGAGUCUACUCGCAAGCUCCUGGAGAGAGAACUGCGGCUUCUCGAUCCGCGGGAUCUACGAUCGCACGCAUGGUACCACGGCAGCACGCUGCGCGGCGGUCGAAAAGGCGCGGAGGCGGAAGUGCCGAAUGAUGGGGACUUCUUGGUGCGCGAUUGCGCCUCCCAGCCCGGCAACUACGUUCUGACCGUACGAUGGAAAGGCCAACCGCUUCAUUUCGUCAUCAAUCGGGUUGUGAUCCAACCGGACACGGUGUACGAGAGGGCACAGUACCAGUUCGAGGACGAGGCCUUCGACACAGUCGCCGACUUGAUCACUUUCUACGUCGGCAGCGGCCGGCCGAUUAGCCAGGCGAGCGGGGCACGUAUCGUCACUCCGAAGCCCAGAACAGUCCCGUUGACGUGCGUCGCCGCGCCCACGAGUAAUCAGCACUGCUCUAGUCCUUCAUCGUCCUCUCUGUCCACCGGCUCGCCGCCUCGUCUGCCCAGGAAACAGCAACGCAGUCACUCGCUGACGGCUCAGCACCACGGCAUCGACCAGCACGCCGCGCGAGAAGGCAAUCAGCAACAAACAGCACCGCAGUUACCCAUCCAAUCCAGUACUCUACCGCGAGUACCGCCCAUUCAGAACCAACCGCCUUCCUGUUCCCUGUCCCUCGGCCGGCAGAAAAUCACCCGGGUGAUAUCAGACCCGGCGUUGCAGCAGCAGCAGCAACAACCGCCGAGCCUGAAUCACCAGAAUAUCCUGAGCACCGCGCCACCCAAGCCUCCCAGAGUACCUUACGUGCCGAACCACCAGCAUCAUCAUCACCACCAUCACCAUCACCACCAUCAUCAUCAUCAAGGCUACCAAGCCUCCGGCAGUGACAGCGGCAAUGGGUCCGGCGACAGCGAGUUCGAGACCAACAACUCCGGUGGCGCCAGCAACCCGUCCUCCUCGAUGCCGAUCAAGGGCGUGGUGAUACGCAGCCACUACAACACCAGCAACGACGGUACCAAUGGCAACAACGGUAGCGAGUACGAGCUGUCCGCGGAGGAGCAGCUGGUCGUUGCCGCACCGUCGCUGGAGAUCACCACGAUGCUCGACAUCGAGGGUUUCACCACGUUGCUGUUGCCUGCCGGCGAGCACAGACCUCUCGACCCGACCGCCCUCAGAGGAGUCUCAGGGAUGCUGCUGGACUCGGCGCCGCGAGUACUCGCUUCCCAUCUCACGCGAAUCGACCUCGAGGUUGCGCUUCAGCCGGGAACGGGGAACAGGAGCGGACUGAGCGGCAUCGAGCUCGCGACCUUGCCGCACGGUAGGCAGGCCAGAAUCGAUCUGAUCGAGAGGUCGGAAUGCCUGAAGCUGCUGGUGGCGGUCACCGUGUUAGCCGGCGCCACGGCUAUAGAAAGAGCGGCCACCAUCAGCAAAUGGAUCAAAGUGGCAAUCGACACCAAGACCGCUCUCGGCAAUCUCUACGGCUUCUGCGGCGUGAUGCUCGGUCUAUGCCUGCCGCAAAUUCAAAGGCUCGCCAACACGUGGCACCUGCUGCGUCAGAAACACACGGACGAAGCUUUCAGCUUCGAGGCGAAGCUCAGACCUACUCUGCGAGCUAUGAAUGAGUGUACCAAUCCCCAGGCACCCAACACUACGCUCCCGCAUCUCCUGCCGAUCGCUUUACUCGGCGAACGUGGACCCGAAGACGUUUUAGGUACCGUGGCGCCUUCCGGACUCGCCGCAGCGAUUCUUUCGCCUUGGGAGAACUCCGCGCCCGAUUGCGGCCUGUCAAUCGUCUGGUCGCACCUCGAAGCCGCUCGCAAGCUGGCCGAGAGCCUGCCGCUCUUCCGCAGGAACGCGGAGAUCGCCCUGGAAGGCUGCCGAAGCGACGAGCUGCUGUCCGACGCCUUUCGCACCGAGUUUCACAUCAAGUUCCUGUGGGGUAGCCGCGGUGCCACCGUCGCCCCGGAGGAGCGUCACCUCAAGUUCACCCAGGUCUUAGACGCGAUGUACGACAAAUGCGCGGCCAGCGAGGUGACCGCUUAAAAGACGACGCGAGGAAUUUCCAAGUCUACCAUCCCACAGAAUCCAUCACCAGGGGGAAACGUUCGGAAGAGACACACACUCUUCCCCGGUCUCUCGUAAUUCCCGUAUGCGAACGCGACAGCAGGGCGCGAGAAAUCAAAAGAAUAUCCCAUACGUUAAUAAAGCGGCCUCAUCUAAUCGCUAACUACUGAUGUAAUCUCGAAUCGUGUAAUAUCGUAGAGCAUAUCUCAAGAAUAUCAAACGUUCUUCCACCUGAACCCAACGCUUGUCCCGACUAGCACCAGCGAAUGUGCUCCAAAGAAUCGUGAUCGAGAUGUUCGAUCGAAACCUACCUUUACCGUCAAAGUACUUAACUUUAAUUGACAGUAUCAUUCGAUAAUGUUACGUUAUAAGUGUUGUUCAUAUAUUUGUUCAUACUUAAUAUACAAAUUGGAAAAGC